UCACGUGACGCGCAGAGCCCCUUCACACUUUUGUAAACAACAUGGCGAUUAAUAGAGUGGGCCAGCCUGUCCACUGACCAAACACGGUGCUUUAGCAAAACAAGCCGCCUGUUCUCCGUGAAAGCAGCACGGUGUGGAGGAGCGGGCUGGAAACCCGGAGCCAGCUGGCGGACAGGUCCUCUCGGAACCCCGCAGGAGCUGGAAGCUGUCAGGAGGACUGUCCAUCGACGGCGCUCUGCACCUUCCCUCCGCAUAAUACUGCCUCUCUUUCUCAGGCCCUCUCAGUCUAUGGGCUCUCAGUCCAGUUCUGGGAUGUCUUGUGGAAGGGGCUCUUCCAGUGGCAACCCAGCAGAGCAGUCAGAAGGAGCAGAACCGAACCAGAGCAGCAGCGGCAGCAGCAGCAGCAGCCGGGGCAGGAGGACGGCUGACAGGCAGCAGGGGGACAGACAGUCUGCUUUUGAGGAGGACGUAGACUUAGCUGAAGUUCUGGCUUACCUACUGAGAAGGGGCCAGGUCAGAGUGGUCCAUGGCCAUGAAGCUACUGGGCUGCAGCUGGUCCAGUCAUACUCUGACUCUGAUGAUGACAGCGACGGAGCCUGGGACGGACGUCUGGGCGACCGCUACAACCCGCCAGUGGACACCCAGCCUGACACACAAGAAGUGGACCGCAGUGAGAUCCGAACGCAGGUCCUCCUGGCUACAGCCUCAUCGUCCUUGAAAACGCGACACAGUUUCACCCACCUGCUUACAGAGAGAGAACAAGGCAGAUGUAGAGGUUCCAGUUUUUCUCACGGGGAGUGCAGUCGUAUCCGCACACAUUUCCUGCCAAACUAUGUGUCUCAUAAGGAUAAAUACAUACAGAAAGCCUUUUGCGGAGUGUUCAGCGAGGAGGGCAACAUGUUCCUCUCUGCCUGCCAAGACCAGAACAUCCGCCUCUACGACACCUCCAGGGGGCGUUUCCACCUGCAACGGACGGUGAAGGCCCGUGACGUAGGCUGGAGCGUAUUGGACGUCUGCUUCACUCCGGAUACUCGCCAUGUGCUCUACUCCAGCUGGUCUGACUACAUUCAUAUGUGCAGUAUAGAUGGCGACAGUGAAAACCACACCGCCCUGGACCUCAAUCCAGAUGAGAGGAGGUUCUGCGUGUUCUCGCUGGCUGCGUCAACAGAUGGCAAAGAGAUCCUGGGCGGGGCAAAUGAUGGCUGCCUUUAUGUUUUCGAUCUGGAACAGAAUAAACGAACGCUGAAGAUCGAUGCCCACGAGGACGACGUGAACGCGGUGGCGUUCGCCGACAGCUCGUCCCAGCUGCUCUUUUCUGGCAGUGACGACGCUCUGUGCAAGGUGUGGGACAGACGGACUCUGCGAGAGGACAGGCCGCAGCCCGUCGGACAGCUGGCCGGCCACCGAGACGGCAUCACCUUCAUCCACAGCAAGGGCGACGCUCGCUAUCUCAUCAGCAACUCCAAGGACCAGUCCAUCAAGCUGUGGGACGUCCGAAAGUUCUCACCCAAAGAGGGUUUAGCUGCAUCCCGCCUGGCGGUUACCCAACAAAACUGGGACUACCGCUGGCAGCAGGUUCCCCAGAGAGCCCUAAAGAAACACAAGCUGGCCGGCGACACCUCAGUGAUGACCUACCGCGGCCACGGCGUCCUGCACACGCUCAUUCGCUGCCGGUUCUCUCCGGAGUUCAGCACUGGGCAGAGGUUCAUCUACUCCGGCUGUUCCACAGGAAAGAUCGUCAUCUACGACGUGCUGACUGGCUUGGUGGUGUCCAGGCUGUCGGGUCACGACGCGUGUGUGAGGGACGUCAGCUGGCAUCCGUAUGAUGACAAAAUCAUCAGCAGCUCUUGGGACGGAGCGGUGCGGAUGUGGGAGCACAGACAAACCCAUCCACUGGAGGAGGAGCGGGAGAGAGAGAUUGACAUAUGGACGGAGAAGAGGGAUGAAGGAGGAGACGGAAGAUGCCACUGAAACGGGGGCCGCUGGGAGUUUGGAAGCUCAGAUGGACUGUCACAGACGCCACCACCCUUUUAAUUCAAUGCUGGAUAUUAAUAAUCGCAAGCAUAGCUGUGAAGUGUCUUUUCUGAACGCCUUUAUGACCUCACCGGGUUAAUAGCAGAUUUGAGCACAAAGGAACAACCAAACUCCCCGUUUGUCUUGUUUUGUUCAGAAUAAAGAGGCCGACUCUUUAUUCAGCAGCCAGACAGAAAUUAAGAUGUAAUGAUAAGCUAGAUGCUGUGGUUAUUCUAGGGGGGGUGAUUGUGUCUACAUGUAAAGUAUUUUAAUGAAAUGUGCUUUGGAGGGAGCUUUGAUAGAUGCUGUGCUGACUUUGCCUCAGUAUUCAUUUUGCUUUUAUCGGUAACAAAGGUUAAACCUUAAUCUUUCUCCUCCUAAACCCCAGAUCUUUAUUUUCAAGGUUCUCAGUAUAAUCAGAUGGUCCAAGAUGGCCGCUUGGAUGUCAUCAACAGAUGGAAACUGGAAAAAAGAAACAAUUUUCCACACUUUCUUCUUCUUUAAGAGUGAUUUUUGUCAGGCAGGAUAACCCGUGACGUGUCUCAAAGGUUUAAAUGUGUGUGAUCUUGGGUAGAAACAUGAACAGGGGAUGUUCUCAUGGUAAAUAUCUUACAAUCUCAUCUGUAUAUGACAUUUUCAGGUGUUUAUAAACUUAUUCAAGUGUCACUUUGAGACAGAUGUUUUACAGUGACAAUAAAAAAGACUUUUCUUUAAUUGUAUCACUAAAA